CGACUUAACAAUUCAGCUACAGGUACGUCGCACGGUCUCUUAUUAACGUGACAUCAUCCCUCCCGCUUCCUUUAACAGACAAAUCAAUAAAAAACCUAAUACAUAUCUCAAACUACCUAGACGACACCUACUUUAAUAUUCCCCCGCCUGACUCGUAUGGUUUCGUUUCUCUUUUCUCCAACUCUUGAAAUUGAACCCGUCCUUAAUCGCAUCAUUGUUUUUAAUAUCUGGGAACAGGAAAUCUAUUUGAGAUUCUACUCGACUCGACUACCUAAUCCAAUUAUCCAACUUAUACCUCGGAUCCUAAACGAGUUCCAUCAUGUCCGACCCUUCUAGGAACAAGGCCGUCGACCAGACCAAUGGUGGUGGUCCUAGCCAUGCUGGUUUUAGAUCGCAGGCGGGCAUGACUGUUGAACGACCCAGGCAAGAGGAUCUUCAAGCAAGCUAUGCGUCUAUCGUCGGAAACGAUGCCAGCCCAAAGGGGUGGUAUGGAAGCAUGAUCAACGCUUUCGGUUCUUGUAUGGGUACUCUUGGAGCCAUCCCUUGCGUCUUCUGCUGCCCCAAUCCCUAUAAGCAAGUGCACCAGGGCAAUGUCGGACUUGUGACAAAAUUCGGCAAAUUCUACAAGGCUGUCGAUCCUGGUCUCGUCAAGAUCAACCCUCUCAGCGAACGAAUCAUUCAAGUCGAUGUCAAGAUUCAAAUUGUUGAGGUCCCUAGGCAAGUCUGUAUGACUAAGGACAAUGUCACAGUUGAUCUAACGUCUGUGAUCUACUAUCAUAUCACCUCGCCGCAUAAGGCCGCUUUCGGCAUCGCAAAUGUGCGACAAGCCCUGAUUGAGCGCACACAGACGACUCUGCGCCAUGUUGUUGGCGCGCGCGUCCUGCAGGAUGUUAUUGAGCGCCGCGAAGAGAUCGCAUCGAGCAUUAGCGAAAUCAUCGAAGAUGUUGCCGGCGGCUGGGGUGUUCAGGUCGAAUCUAUGUUGAUCAAGGAUAUCGUCUUCAGCCAAGAGCUCCAAGGAUCGUUAUCGAUGGCCGCGCAGAGCAAGCGUAUCGGAGAGAGCAAGAUCAUUGCAGCUAAGGCAGAGGUUGAGAGCGCUAAGUUGAUGCGCCAGGCCGCCGACAUCCUAUCAUCCGCGCCGGCCAUGCAAAUCAGAUACCUGGAGGCGAUGCAGGCUAUGGCCAAGUCCGCCAAUUCCAAGGUUAUCUUUCUGCCCGCCCACAACCAGACUAUGAGUGGCCUCAAUGAUGCUAUCCAGUCAGGCAAGCCAUUCGAAAUCGGCGAGUCGAGCGGGUCCCAAGCCGGCGAUUCAGGCUUUAACCAGGCAGUGAAUGCCCAUGUCAUCGAGAACAUCUAAGGGAAUUAUUUCCUCUGAUCCCGCGGUUUCCCUGACCGUCAAGAUUGCAAGUUGUACUUUUAGGUGAUGAUUUUGGUUGGAUGACUGUAACGACGGAAAUGACUCGGUUGAGUAAAGACGGAGAGAAAAGCUUUGCUAGUUUCGAACCAGCAGAAUAAAAAGCUACAUAACUCGAAAACUACGAAAAUACGUAUCUGGAUUUAAUCGGAGGUUGUGGGACGGAAACUGGCUGGGCGAGGGAGGGCGUGCAAUUCGAUACCCGUUAAGGAUACCCAACAUCAUUCGCUUGAUACCGCAAUUCUGUUUCUAUGGUUUCACGCUCAAAAAGGCUUGAGCUGGUUUUUACUGGAACUGGGCUUAGGGGCAAUUAGGUAGUCUAAUGUCAAAUGAAUAUUUUUAAGAUUUUGCUUGUCUUCGGUGUGUGGUUUUCAUUACCCCUGGGAUAAUGGAUGGGUAGGAAAAAUUAAACAAGUAGGGGGAAGGAUAGGGGCGAACCUAAACCUCCAUCAACACCACUUACCUAGCAAGGUAUCCAUGGAUGUCUACGGGCUAAUAAGAAUUCCCAAGUUUUCUCUAUUUCCAUAGUGUGAUAUUGAAC